CAAUUUUGACUGUGAUCUGUUGCAAGCUCUGCAUAUUCAUCUCCGCAUUCAAAUUGCGGUUUAGUGAAAUUUUAAUCAAACUUUCCUACCUUCGACAUACAUUUUUGGAUCGAUUUUAAUAUUUGAAAAUGAAUACAACCGGCGGCCCGGGCAUAUCUGGAUACAUGCUGUUGUUGGGUGUACAAAUUUUAUUGUUGAUUGUAUACGCUGCAGUCGUUCGAUAUGACGACAGAUUGCUGCCAAACGGAAAAGACGAUAAUGAUACAGAUGAAGAAGACUUAAUCAUUCAGGACGACCAUGUUCCAAGUUAUCCUCAUUUCCAGGACAUUCAUGUCAUGAUUUUUGUCGGUUUUGCAUUUCUCAUGACAUUUUUAAAAAGAUAUGGCUACAGUGCAACGGGAUUUAAUCUAUUCUUUGCUGCCUUAAUCGUUCAAUGGGCUAUCGUUGCAAGAGGCAUAUUUGAUCUCGAAGAUGGACAAAUCAAAUUGUCCUUGGACAAUAUAAUCGGAGCAGACAUUGCAGCUGCUGCUGUACUAAUUAGCAUGGGAGCGAUGCUCGGACGAAUAACACCAAUUCAAUUACUGUUGAUGGGGCUAAUUGAAAUCGUUGUUUUUGCAGCCAACGAACAUUUACAGUUGGAAAUGAUGAGUAUCACUGAUGUUGGUGGUUCAAUAACGGUACACGCGUUCGGUGCCUAUUUCGGUUUGACUGUUAGCUUUAUGUUACGACCGAAAUCAGAUCAUAAUAAUGCCGGUAAAAUGGAAGGGCCGUCAUACGUUUCGGAUCUGUUCGCAAUGAUUGGCACCUUGUUUCUAUGGAUAUUCUGGCCGAGUUUUAAUUCGGCGCUUCUGGAUGGCGUUGACCAGGAACGGGCUAUUCUAAAUACAUACUUAGCGCUAGCAUCUUGUACAGUUACCGCAUUUAUAAUAUCAGCAGUCGUGAGUCACGAUCAUAAGCUUAGUAUGGUACACGUACAAAAUUCAACACUUGCUGGUGGAGUUGCAGUUGGCACUGUUUGUAAUUUAAUGAUUGGACCCCAUGGUGCCAUGUUGAAUGGUAUGAUAGCUGCAUUAGUGUCUGUAGUGGGAUACCGAUAUUUAACGCCAAUUUUAACAUCAAAAUUGCGCCUACACGAUAGUUGUGGAGUCAAUAAUCUACACGGUAUGCCAGCGAUUUUGUCUGCAAUUUUCUCAGCCGUUUACGCUGCAUUAGCGAAAGAAGAGACCUACCACAAUUCCCUGACCACCAUUUUUCCAGCCAUGGAUGCAACCGCUCAUAAUGGAACCUUCGUUAUCGGAGGCUACAGUCGUUCACCACUGACACAAGGGUCGUAUCAAUUACUAGCUGUUGGAUUGACCAUUUUGAUAGCCAUUGUCUCAGGGGCUGUAACAGGGCUCGUGUUAAGGUCACCGUGCAUUCGUAAAUUGGAGAAGCACGAGCAUCAUGAUGACUCGGUUUAUUGGGAGACACCAGACGAUGAUGAGAUUGUUUCUAAUGUUGAACGUUUGAAUUUCAAGGAUUCAUUAUAGGUGCUUGUCGUAGUGUGCAUACAUGUAACACUUUGUAAGAUAAGAGUAAUCAGAGUAAUAAAUAUUGGCUCUUAUCAAU